AUGGAAGACAACCAUGAUCGUGAAUUCCAUUACUUUUCACAGCUUCCUACUGAGUUGCGACUGGCUAUCUGGCGUGAAUGCCUGCCACGACGCGUGGUAGAAAUAGCCCUUCAUUUCAAUGAGAACGAGAGCGUCCCAUCACCCUGCGAGUGGGUGCCAACAAGCCGUCUUAACCGGUCGUUGCCUACAAUUAGUCGGGUAUGUCACGAAUCAUGGCUAACUACUCGCGAAGCUAGCCACACUCGCGAAGUCGAUACACCUGAUUCAAUGAGUUGGAAGUGUAAGCUGACAUACAAAAAUUUACGAAUUGACCCUUCUCGAGAUUCAGUUCAUUUACAUUGGGCACCUGAUCUUACAAACCCAUUCUGUCAUGCUUUUACUUAUGAUGACAGUGCCCUCGACUGUCUCACAUUGAGCGCGUCGCGAGCUCAACAAGGCUCUUUCAUUUUUAAGCUUCUCAAGGGCCACCGUGAUACAUGGUUCCGGUUGGAGAACAGGAUCGAAGCCCUUCAAAAACUAGGACGUGCGGCCGUCGUGAUGCGGACUGUUGUGAUACACUCCACGGUUCAAGACGCUGCGCCAACAGGACUAUUUGGACUUCUCGGCGAUGCACCAAUCCAGCUUGUCGAAUUCUCUGACAUACAGCUACUUGAUGCUUUUUUUGACCUUGCGAAGAAAUGUGAGUCGACAUUUACCAGAAUCAGACAGGAUUUGAGGCGUAAGUCUCCAGAAUCAAUCAAAGAUGCCCUUCAGAAACAACUUCUCAGAACAUUCGGGCCUGAAUAUACAGAUAAAUUAUCUUCGCUUUAUCCUGUCAUUAUGUUCAGGCUUUGCCCAGAGUUCUGCCACCAGCCCUUUCGGAAACUUGAUGCCCAAACGACAAGAAAAUCGAAAAUACUCGAGCGUUUACGCGAAGAGAAAUCAGUAGGUGAAAGGCUGACGCUUUCGACAGAUCACGAUAGUUUUGAGUCUGCUUAG